AUGGACAGCUAUCCUAUUCCUAUGAUCGAUCAAUUGCUCGAUGAGUUGCGAGGAGCAGAGGUGUUUUCAAAGUUGGACCUGCGAGCCGGCUAUCAUCAAAUACGAGUCAAGGCGGAGGACGUUCCCAAGACUGCGUUCCGCACACACGACGGACAUUACGAGUUUUUAGUCAUGCCAUUUGGCUUGACUAAUGCCCCAGCCACAUUUCAAUCGGUCAUGAAUGAAGUAUUCAGACCAUAUUUGAGGCAAUUCGUGCUGGUCUUUUUUGAUGACAUCCUGGUGUUUAGCAAGAAUCCGCAGGAGCAUGCUGAACAUUUGAAGUUGGUACUAGACAAGCUGCAGAAGCAUCAGCUCUACGCCAACAGAAAGAAGUGCGAGUUCUGA